AUGACUGCCACCUUGAGAGAAUCCCCUUCUUCUUCCUCUUCCUCCAACAAUGCCCCUUUCUUCCCAAAACCAAAGCCUAAACGUACCAAAAGAUCUUCAAACUCUGACAAGGGCCAUUCAAGUGUCCCACACAAGACUUCUGUUUACAGAGGUGUCACCAGACAUAGAUGGACUGGCAGGUUUGAAGCUCAUCUCUGGGACAAACACUGCUGGAAUCCCUUUCAGAGUAGGAAGGGAAAACAAGUUUAUUUGGGAGCAUAUGAUGAGGAAGAGGCUGCUGCUCACACUUAUGAUCUUGCUGCCCUUAAGUAUUGGGGCCCAGACACUCUCCUUAAUUUUCCUUUACAUACAUACACCAAGGAGUUUGAGGAAAUGCAGAGAAUGUCCAGACAGGAGUACUUAGCUUCACUCAAGCGCAGGAGCAGUGGAUUUUCCAGAGGUGUCUCUAAAUACCGUGGGGUCGCCAGGCAUCACCAGAAUGGUAGAUGGGAAGCAAGGAUUGGCCAUGUACUUGGCAGCAAAUACAUUUACUUAGGCACAUUCAAUACUCAGGAAGAGGCUGCACAAGCUUAUGAUAUUGCUGCUAUUGAGUACAGAGGCAUGAAUGCAGUGACAAACUUUGAUAUCAGUUGCUAUGUUAAUUGUAUCCAGCUGCCACAGUUACUGCCAAUGCCGGUGCCGGUGCCGACAUCAAUGCAACUCAGUCCUGAACUUAAUUUAGAGGAAUUAUCAGAAAUUGAGUCAUGUGAUCAGAUGAAACCAUUGGCAAUUACUCUUCCUGGAAAUCAGAACACAGUGACUGAAAGCAUGACAGAGCUGCCAUGGAGCAUGUUCAUUGACCCUGCUGUGUUUGAGAGAUACCCUGUUGAUCACAUUGCUGUUGACCAGGCAAUUGAUUUUCCUGAUUUGUUUGAUGGCAAUGUGUUUGAGGUUGAUAUUGAGCAAUUGUUGGAAGGGUCUGAGAUUAUGGGAAGUAGUGAAGGAGAUGGUACUGGUACAAAAAGCGACGAUGUUUUGGAUAGUAAGCUUGUGGAGGAGGAGCAAUGUGGAAGAGUAUCAGAGAAAAGUUCAGAGGAUGAUGGUGUCUAAACUGAUCAGCAGAUGAUAGCUAACAUGCAUUGUUUAGUUUUAGUUCAUCUUUUAUUUUGAAUGUAGAACUGUAUU